UUUCAAAUUAUGUAUCUUAGAAAAAAAUAUAUAUAUCCAGAAUUGUAAAAAGUCACAUAUAAACUCCCAAGCUUUUAAAGUCAGGAAGUUUUUAGCCACAAAGCACUGAUUCCAUGUGCAUCCCCAUUCACCAAAUGCCUGUUAUUAAAAACAACACCUAAAAUAUCUAAAGAACAGUUCACAAACUAAGAUAUCCCAUCAGGAAAUAUUUCAGUGAGACAUGAAUUGGCUGAUGAAAAUAUGUUCGGAUUCAGGUGCAAUUCCAUAGGAAUGUUUAUCUUCCUUUAAACUUAGGACAAAUUUAAGCCUACGCUCCCACAGUGAUCACUGGUUUGCAGGUGUCAGUAAUACACAGGCUGAAGUAGCAUCAGCUGUAAGACCCAAAACUGAAAUCCCCCUUCUUGCUGCUGGCUGCCAGCGGAAACGGCCCUGAGAUUGCGGGUCUUGCACAACCCAGAGUUUCAUGUUCAUUGUGCACAACGUAAUCACAUUCCCAGGGUGACUAAAAGCCAGAAAAAAAUAAAACAUGAACGUUUAACCAUUGCUGUGAUAGCUUUGUGCUGUGUGUCACAAACGCUCGUGCUGGCAAAGAGGUCCCAGCUGGGUUGGAGCUCCUGACAACAAACGAGGCAAACGCAGCCACCGAUGUGGAGCCGAAAAUGAAAUUGUCGAGACUGAGAACCGCAGCUUUCAAACAGCCGGGAGGUGCUAAAACACCCCCUCACCAACACACCUACGACAGCUCCAGGUGCGGUCCUGUUCUCUGUCAAUCCCCCUUCAGCCAUUUACAAAAUACGGAAUAAAUAUGCUAUUUAUGCAAGCAUACACCUAAGCGUACUUUGAAGCGCAACUUUCCCGCUUCCCAGGCAGGAUUCUUCGAGAUCACCGCGGGCUGGGGCCCCGAUCUCCAGCGCUCCGGAGCCCGGAGGAGCCGCUGUGUCCGUGCCCAGCCCCGGCUCCCCGGCCGCGCUGAGGGCCGGCCCGCCUCACGGGGCCCGGCGUCCUCCCGCAGGGCACAUGGACUUGCAGGAGCCGGGAUCCCCAUUCCAGAGGCACCGACGGGGCUCCGGAAGGGCUCGGUGGGCUCUGGAAGGGCUCAGUGGGCUCUGGAAGGGUUGCGAGUGGGUGCCCGAGCUCCCCUCACGGCCGGGCCAGGCCGGGUCCCGCGCAGCGCAGCGCCCCGGUGCUCGGAAGGCGGAAAUCCCCGGCGGAGGAGGCGUGGGAGGGAUAAAGGAACGGCUCGAGGCGGACGGCUGCUGCUCGGCUCGGCUGGUUCGGCACGGCUCCGGCACGAUGAAGCCGCGAGGGUAUGGAUUUCUGUUACUGCUCCUUCUUGUCCUCAAAACUGUUACCGCAGCAGAGAAGAAGAACAUCAUCAGUAAACUUGGAGACGACGUCACACUAAGUUGCAUUUAUAAUGAAAAGAAACCCUUGCAAUUAAAAAAUCUACGGGUAUAUUGGCAAAUAGCUGAUGAUUCCUACCAAGAAAAGUGUUCAGUUGUACAUGCACUGAUCUCUGGCCAAGAUGACAACAGUAAUCAGUGUAUUCGCUUUAAAGACAGGACUCAGUUAUUCUGGGAUAGGUUGGAAAAUGGUGAUUUUUCUCUGCUAUUGCUAAAUGUCAGCCAGAGUGAUGCACAUACAUACAAAUGCAUAGUGCAGGAGAAAACUGAACUUGCCAAAGUGAUUCACCAGGCAGAAGUGAUUCUCAGCUUAGCAGCGAGUUACAGCCAACCAAUACUCAGUGGACCAAUAAGAAACAGUGACAGCACUGGAGAGGAGGUGACCUUUUACUGCAGGUCUGGCAAUGGAUACCCAAAGCCCAAUGUUUACUGGAUCAAUAAAGUGAACAACAGUCGCCUGAAUUCAUCACAAACAGACAUCAUACCCCACAAUGAUGGCACUUUCAGUGUUUUCAGCACACUGAAGGUGAAAGCCACUUCUAACAUGCAAAUAGAGUGCUCCAUAGAAAAUGAGAUGCUGCAGGAAAAUCUGUCAGCCAACUACACGCAGCAGAAGAAAAGCAGUGGUCCUGGCACAGAAAGUGACAAAAAUACAGAAAAAAAAGGACGAGGUGCUCAAGCAGCUGGCAUCAUUAGUAUUGUCUUUGUGAUAGGUAUUCUAACUGGUUUAAUCUGCUGGCUGUGGAGAAGGAGGUCCUCUAACCUAGUGUCCUAUAAAGAUGUCCAACAAAGAGAAGACCAAGGAGGACUCAGCUCACCUGCCUAAAUGGAAGGUCUGCCAACAAUUUGGGCAGCUGGAGAUGUGUCAAGAGAAGCAUCACUCCCUCAGUGGCAGCAUUGUUUAUAAUAAAAGUGACAGACUUCUGCCAAGAGAGAUGGCAAAAAAAAAAUUAAAUAAAAGCUUCUAGAGCACAAGAGAGAGGAAAAUCUGCUGGAUUUUCAUUCCAGCCACUGACUGUGUCCACAGAACAGCUGUGUCAGCACUCCAGCUCAGCACUUUGGACAGUCCUCUGUGAUUGUCAGUGAUUUGGACACCUGUACUGGGGAAAGCAGAAAGCCUGGGACUCAGCUGCUCUGUGCCAGACCACUGGAAGCUGGUGACUGUCCAGCCUCUCACCACAAUCCUUGAGGACUGUCAGGAGCAGCCACAUUCAGGAGCAUGGGAUGUUCUUGCUGUCACCUUACCCUGAGGAUGGCUACUGCAUGUGAAGAAAGGCAGCUAAAACCAAGAAAGAAAACUGAAGGGCCCUGCAGAGUGAGAUUUGUGACCUCUUCCAUGUUUCUCUGUCUAGACUACAAUCCUUUCAUUGUCUCUUUUCACCAACUGCUACUGUGUACAGAACCAGGCAGAACACUUUGACCCAGUCCUCCAAAAACAGGAGUUGCUCUAAUGGGGUCAAAUACUGAAUUUGGUAUCAUAAGGGAAGGUGCCUUCUUUAAGCCUUGAUAGCAAUAUUUUGGUUUUUACCAAAUAUUCCACCAAAAAAGGGGACUUCCACUUUCAACAGGAGCCAGCUGUGAGAAAAAAACAGGCUGUGUUUUUUAAAAGAGCACAAUUAAAAAUAGUGCUCUCUGCUAUGUGAAUGUCAUGUUACCUGGACUUACCCUUCUCAGGAUGGAACAAAAACUGUGGUUGAGCUCUGCUUGAUUCAACUGAAUCUUUAUUUAAGCACCUUCCUGUGGCUUCCAGGGAGGAUUUUAAACUGAAUGUUUUAAACUGAACUUGUGUUUGUGUCUCAUCCUUGCACUCACCCAACAAAACGAAAAAGAACAAAAAACACAUUCCAUCAGUGUGUUGUCCAUGAAUGCCCAGAAAGCCAAGAGCUGCAUUUUCCUUGUGCCAGUGCAUGUGCCUUGCUGUUUCAGCCCCAAGUCAGCCAAACUGACUGGCUGAAAAUAGCAAAACAGUAAAAUUUUCUGAUAAUAUGAAUUUUUACUAGCUAUCUUUCCCAAAUGGGACAGCUUCCCCAUCUUGUCAUGGGCAGAUGGAGAUUGUUAUUUUAAAUUGAGCUCUGGAAACACUUGACCUCUCCUACACCAGUUGCUAGACUAAAAUUUUAUGAUUUUUGUGAAUAAAUCAGAGCCUUGUUUGUUCUUGCUCUGUGUGUAAGAGGCACUCCAGUAGCAACUCUGAGCUCAGACACUGAUUUUUCAUAUGAAGAUCAGCUUUCAAUUUCCAGCCGAGUGAAAAUUCUGUUGUACUCACAUCAUGUGGAAGCAGGACCAUUUGGCAAUAGUGCAGCAGUUAUUUUUUGUCAAAGCAAUACCCCCAGGGAAGCUCCCAGCUGAGUUGCUGUGCUUUCCACUUUUAUAUUCUGCAACUGUAACGGUUCAAAGAUAUAAGUGACCCAGCAGUGACUCUGCAAUAUGGUAUUGAAACAAAUUUAGACUGGUUUUCUUACUUCUGGGCUACUUCAGGGAUACACCUAAAUACAAAAGCCUUUUCUUGCAAAAUCUGUGCUUUCAUUUAGCUUAGGGUUGCAGCUAUUCCUGGAGGUCAGCAAAUCCUAGAUGACAUUCAAAGGAUUUGGGAAUUUUGUAACAACAGGUUUUUUUGUCUUCACUUGCCAUGUUUAUAUUUUAAAUAAAAUCUAUUCAUUCUUCUGGA